AUGGAAGAAGAACACGCGGAGCCAUUCAAGGAAGGUUCAGACCUCUGCCAGCAGCUCAUGGACCGGUACGCCAACUCCGCCGCGCCACAGCACCGCCACCUCCUCGCCACAGCCGCCGCCCUGCGCUCCAACCUUGCCGCCGAGUCCCUACCCCUUACGCCGCCCGCCUACUUCGCUGCCGCCAUCUCCGCUCUCGACGCCACGGAGGCUCUGGACCCCGUCGCUCUCUCCGCCCUCGUUUCCUUCAUGUCCAUUGCCCUCCCCCUCGUGCCGCCCGGCGGAAUUACGGCACCAAAGUCGCACGAGGCAGCCGAGAUCCUCGUUGCGGUGCUAACCAGGGAGGGAGAGGAGUUGGGGGCGGCGUGCGUGAGGGCUACGGUGAAGUGCUUGGGGGUUUUGAUUGCGUUUUGUGAUUUGGAGGAUUGGGAUGGGAUCAAAUUGGGCUUUGAAACAUUGCUCAAGUUCUCCAUUUGCAAGCGUCCCAAGGUACGCAGAUGUGCUCAAGAAUCUGUGGAGAAGGUUUUCAAGUUUAUCAGAUCCUCCACGGUUACCAAGGAAGCUAGCAAGUUGGUUUUGUCAGAGCUGAAAAGUUGCUGUGCUUUAGCACUGAAGUUAAAUGCUUUGAGGACUGUUGAUGAAUGUAAAGAAGAUAAGGUUUUGAAACAUGAACACCUGGAUGUCCUACAUGUACUGAAUUUAAUUAAUCUCAUUGCUCCAUAUCUUUCUACGAAAGUCAUUCUGAAAGUUCUUUCAGAAGUGCAUAAAUUAUUUAGUUUCAUGUUUUCGGAACUUGCAAGGCACACUCUUAAAACUAUUGAGGCUAUUUUUGAAGCUUUGAGAAUUAAAAAUAAAGUUCUGGAGACAGAGGACGUUGUAGUUUCUCUUACUUCAUUUGUAUCUUUGAGGGAUAAAAACCCCUUGGAUGCUGUGAUUUUGGCAGCAAAGUUAUUAAGACUUGCAAUGGACUUACUUUAUAAUGGACAAUCAAGCUUGUGGGUCAAGAAUCUCCCUCCAGUUUGCAGAUCUGUGAUGGGUCUUCUAACUCUUGAUGGAAACACUGCAUCACAGGCUUCAAGUAUUUUGAAUGAUGUGCUCAAGCAUCAUAUUUCUCCCUUAAGCAUGUUAAUGGGCACAGAUCAAACAUCUCAUGAUAGUAGUCUGGAAGGUGUUAAAGCAGAUGCGAUAAAAUCAACAUGUGCUGUUUUUGAGAGUGCCCUUUCUUCUAUUGAUGGAAUUCCAAAUGAGCACGUUCUGUCAGUCAUAUCUGUUUUAUUUCUUGAGCUUGUUGAAGCAGUCACUGGAGUAGAUGAAGAGUGUAGAGUUGGAGGAUGA